AUGAUUAUUCCUCAUUCGCCAAAUGGCAGUAGCGAUGGAGUAUACGAGGAAAAGAACAAGACUAUAGAUUCAAGAAAGCAGGAUACUGAAAAUGCCAAGCCACAGAGCAACAAGGUGCCAGGCAAUGGAAAUUUUUCCAAGGCUACCAGAAACCGUGUCAAGGGUCGUAAUCAACUACCCAAGGACGAACUGGUCGAGUUUGACAGAAUCAAAAUCUCAGAAUUAAAGGAGGAGCUCAAGAAACGAGGUUACAAGGUCGGAUCCAUGACCAAAGUGCAACUCUGGAAUCGAAUCAAGGGUCGAGAGGCUGAACCUGGGCUCAACGCAAAGAGUGUCAAGACACGGCAAAGCAAACCCGCUACCAAAAAGGUUCCUGGUAAUGGCAACUUUGCCAGAUCCUCCCAGAAACGCGCCGCUGACCGCGACACAAUUCCUGCACAUGACCUCGAGGAAUUCGACCACACCAAAGUGGCCGACCUCCGAAAACUUCUCCAAUCCGCCGGCCUGAGUGCAUCUGGUCGAAAGAUUGACUUGUGGCUCCGGUGGAAGGAUGCCGACGCCCCUACCACUGAAGAUGGGUCAGUGACUGACGAAUGGGAUGCUCAAAUGGAAAGUGACGAGGAUCGUCCGUGGCUCAAGGAUCUCGACGAAUCCAUUCAUGAAAAGGUGACGGAGGCGAGAAAUGUGUUAUUGACGAAAAAGGAACAAGAGGCCAAGGCCCAGGAACAAGAAGAUGAAUCUUUGACAGAAGAUGACGACAAGGCCAAGGAACCACGGAGAGGCAAAGCAGUUGUCAAGACCAAGGGUAAACGGUUCAACUCGACGCAACCCCAGCGGACCCAAAAGCGAUCUAGAGUCCAGAGCCGUGAUGACCGCGAGGGUGGAAAUGCGUCUAUUAAACCCACGUGUUUCUACAUUGAUAAACGCUUCCUCGACAUGUCUGUUGCGCAAAUUUCCCAGGCGAUUCCUAGGAUUAUGGAUGGGGCCGCAUCGCCACAAGAUGCCAAUAUCAGCCUUCGCCACUACCUUGUCGAGCACUACAAUCACCGACGAGGAAUAGCACAGCUCCAAGCCGACGGCAAUGUCUUUUUAGGAAACCUCAACGAGUCCUCAAUCCCACACAACGUGCUCCGACGUGGGUUUGCUCAAGAAAGUUUUGUUCAUGUGUUGGAUUACACCCCGGAAAUAUUCGUGCUUUGGGAACAAGAGGUCGAUGCAGGCAACAAUGACCUUUGGAGGAAUCGGUGGAAUCAUCCACGUCUCAGUGGCUUCACCUGUUCUCUUUUAAACGGGCGUUCCUUUAUAGAUGCCGUUAAGCAAUACCCAAAGUUUGGCCUGCUCAUCAUGGAUGGCAUCAUGGACGGCCGGUUAAAGAUUCAAGGGACAAAGGACAUGUACGAGCUCCAGGAGGUUCUAAACGCUUGGGUCACUGAGCUGGAAAUGGCGUUGUGA